UGUAGUUCCUGACCAGCUCACUUUCUUUCAGAGGCUGACCAAGCAGGAAUUCUGGCAGCUGGUGCACCAGAGCUAUGGCUCUGAGCUGGGCCUGAACAGUGAGGAGAUGGAGAGCUUCCACUCAUCAUCUGAGGACAACGGGCAGUCUCGAUCCAGCAUUUGUGAUGAUUCCGGAGAAAGGGACGAAAAGCUACCUAAAAUGAUUGGCUUAGUUCGGGAACCCACGCUUCAGACAGAAGGAGAGUCACUCGCUAGACCCGCAUUGCCAGGAGUGGAGGAGUCCCCAAGUGAGAAGCAAAUAAAGAGAAGCCCUCCUCCAUCUUCAGAAAGAAAACCUGUUAAGCUAGUCAGGAGCAGGUCUUUAGAAAAGUCCUUGGACCUGAAUGAGAAUGAGAAUCUUCCAGAGAAGAGCAGUGCCUCAGAUAGUGAAGAAGCAGUGAAGGAGACCGUCUCUGAGAAUGAACUCUAUGGGAGACUUUUUAUAAACAGAGUUUUCCACAUCACUGCAGACAAGAUGUUUGAAAUCCUUUUCACCAAUUCUCACUUCAUGCAGAGGUUUCUCAGUUCCAGGAGUAUAGUAGAUGCUGUAUCAACCCCUUGGAAUAGAGAUUCCAGUGGCAAUCAGUUGAGGACGUUGACGUACACUGUAACGAUUAACAAUCCCCUCUGUGGGAAGUUCACAACUGCAACUGAAAAGCAGAUCCUGCAUAAACAGAGCCAGAAAGGCCAGUCUUACCAGGUGGAUGCUGAGGUACUGACCCAUGACGUCCCCUACCAUGAUUAUUUCUACACUGUGAACAGAUACUGCAUCAACCGCACAUCCAGUCAGAAGUGCCGAUUACGGGUUUCUGCAGAAGUGAAGUACAAAAAACAGCCCUGGGGCCUUGUCAAGUCUGUAAUAGAGAAGAAUACCUGGGGAGGAAUACAGGAAAACUUCAAACAACUUGAAUCAGAUCUCCUAAUGGAGGAAUAUGCAAUUAAUCAGUCUAUAGAAGACUCUGGAAAAUUAGUUGCCCUGAGACGACGACGACGCACUUUACACCGGAGUCUGGCAGAAUCCUUCUCCAGGGCAGGAAAUGUGAACGUAAGGAGCUGUUUUAGGAGAACAGGAAGGAAAAGAGAUGCUGUAAGUAGGACCACCACCAUCAUUGUAGUAAUGAGUGUCUUUUUGCUGCUCUUGGUCUUGCUGAAUGUAACGCUGUUCCUGAAGCUGUCAAAGAUAGAGCAUGCAGCUCAGUCCCUCUACCAUGUCCAGCUUCAGGAAGAAAGCUCUUUGAACAUAUCCCCAGAAAUGGUAUCAAAAGAGGAGAUCCCUCAGUAUGAUAAGGAACAAGUUAAACAUGUGAAGGGAGUUUUGAGAGACUCGAUUGAAAUGCUUGAGCAGCUCAAGAUCUCCCUUUCCAUGCUCCAAAGAAGCUUUGACCACUUGAACAGGACACAGAGCGGCAAGCCUGAGAGUUAA